AUGACUUUAAUUGCAUCAAUCACAAAACUCGGUUCAUCAGUUCAAUCAAAUCAAACAUUCAAGAAUGAUUUAAUGGUAUCUGGAAUCAACGGAAAUAGUUUAAUUGGACAAUCUUCAAACUCAACUGAAUCACUUAUCAAUUUGAACAUUCUUGCCAAUGUCUUGGGUAUAUUGGGUAUUAAAGUUUGUGCUUCUGUAUUAAAUUCUAUCGAAACUUACUAA